ACGAACGGACGGCCCAUGUAUAGGAGACCCCGCGGCCGAAACCGAUAGCCGCUGGCGCUUAACCUCCCGUGGUCCCCAUACAUGCGACCACUCCAGAAGCUUCUAGAAGCCGCCGCAGCCGCCUCUACCGCUCUCGCCGCCGCGCACCUCCACGCCUACCUCCUCCGCUCGGGCUGCCUCCACUCGUCGCACCGCCUCACCGCUCGCGUUCUCGCGUCCUACCCUCCCGGCCUCGCCCGCGACCUGUUCGACGAAAUCCCGGACCCGACGCCGCGCCUGGCCAAUGCGCUCCUCCGCGCCCACCUCCGCGCGCGGCAGUGGCGCACCGCGAUCCUCCUCGUCCCGCGCCUCCGCGCGCGCCCGGACUGCUUCACCCUGCCCCUCCUGCUCAGGGCCUGCGCCAUGCUCCCGUCCCUCGCCCACGGCCGAACCGUUCACGCGGUCGCCGUCCGCUCCUGCGCCGCGUCCGACGACGCCUUCGUCGCCGUCGCGAUCGUGCAGAUGUACGCCAGGUGCGGGGACAUGUUUGGGUCCGUCAACGCCUACAGCACGUUCGAGAAGCCGGACGUUGUGCUCCGGACGUCCGUGGUGACCGGGUAUGAGCAGAACGGGCUACCUGAUGAGGCUCUGGAGUUCUUUGCAAGGAAUGUGAUUGACCAAGGCGUCGUGCCGAGUCCAGUCACACUUGUGAGCGUGAUGUCGGCAGCGGCACAGUUAGGGGAUGUCCGGAACGGGAAGGCCUGCCAUGCGUUUGCUCUCAGGAGUGGGUUGGAGUAUAAGCCAGCAUUGGCUAAUGCUGUUCUUUGGUUUUAUAUGAAGAUCGGUGCCGUCCAGGCAGCAAGGAGGUUGUUUGAGGGAAUGACGGGUAGGGAUGUCGUCACUUGGAGCUGCAUGGUCAAAGGAUAUGUGCAAUCUGGAGACGCACCCAAGGCAUUGGGGGUGUACAAGGAAAUGGUUGAGGUGGGUGUCCAGCCCAAUUCCGUGACGUUGGUGAGUGUUCUGCAGGCUUGUGCACUUGCUUUAGAUGUUGAGAAAGGUAAGAAAAUCCACCACAUUGCUGUCAACAUAGAUUGUGAGCUUGAGGUGGGUGUUGCGACUGCGCUGGUUGAUAUGUACAUGAAGUGCUCAUGUCAUGAGGAGGCGAUGCGUCUCUUCCAUCGUAUGCCAAAGAAAGAUGUGGUGGCUUGGGCUGCAGUCAUUAGUGGACUCAAACAAAAUGGUCUCCCUGAUGAGUCCCUGCAAGUGUUCAAAUGUAUGUUGUUAGAUGGCCAUGCUCCAGAUGCAGUCAUGAUGGUGAAGGUACUUGCUGCAUGCUCGGAAUCUGGUGUUAUUUGCCAAGCUAUUUGUCUCCAUGGUUAUUUGGUUAGAAGUGGUUUCUGUAAUAAGGUAUUUGUAGCAGCUGCACUUGUAGAUUUGUAUUCAAAAUGUGGAAGCUUAGGUAAUGCUAUCAGGAUAUUUGAAAGUGCCACUGAAAAGGAUGUUGUGCUGUGGAGCUCAAUGAUUGCUGGCUAUGGAGUCCAUGGCCUUGGUAAGGAAGCUCUUGCCUUGUACCAAAGGAUGAUUUCCUCAUCAGUUAAACCUAAUAGCGUGAUAUUUGUAUCACUAUUAUCAGCAUGCAGCCACUCUGGCCUGGUCCAGGAAGGAAAACAAAUUUUUGAUAGCAUGACUCAAGUUUAUGGAGUCAUGCCAAAUCAAGAGCAUCAAAGUUCCAUGGUUGAUCUCCUUGGCCGGGCCGGUGAAUUGCAAGAGGCCACAAGGGUCAUUCAGGAAAUGGAUGGGAGAGCUGUUGCUCAUACUUGGUGUGCCUUGCUUGCUGCCUGCAGAGCACACAGCAACACAGAGAUGAGUGAAGUGGUAGCUAACAAUCUGCUCAGGCUGGAUCCUGACCAUGUUGGCUACUACAAUCUCUUAACCAAUAUAUAUGCAUUUGAUCAAAAGUGGGACAGUGUAAAGAAGACUAGAGACAUGGUCAGAGGCAGAGGUCUGAAUAAAGUUCCAGGUUACAGUGCAGUUGAGGUCAAUAAUGUAGUGCACAAAUUCUUUGCUGGGCAGAGGUCACACCGAGAUUGGGAGAAGAUCUGUACAUUGCUCUGGGAACUGUCACAAAAGUUGAGAGGCGAGGAUUGUUGCUUUCCCGUAGACACUGAUUUAGCACUUGAAGAUUUUUCUCUUCUCUGAGUUGAAAUUGAUCUUUGAACGCGCUCACUGAUGGCGAAUUUCUGUAUUGCUCUUAUCUGAAGUGAAGUUAUCCUUGUCUCUGGUUCUACAGGAUGCGAUGAUCAGUGAUGUUUCUACAACGCUUGACUUACUCUUGACUAGGGUAAUUGGUGGAGGAACUAAAGCCUCUUUUCAAGUUGCUCUGGUUGGGCACUUGGGCUUGAGGUGCUUGACAUUCUAAACCAUGAAAUUACACACAAUUACCUGUGUUUGUCAUGGUACGCAAUGUUAUGUUAGACUUGAGUCUGUCAGAGACUCAGAGUACCAGUAUGUCAUAGUGUGGCAGUGAGCUGUUUUAGCUUGUACACAGCUUUCUUCUGCUGA